AUGGAUCUCGAUGACAGGCCCAAACUUUCAGUCGAAGCUGAGAAGGAGGUAACUAGAUUGUGGCGGACAUGGAGGACAGUGUUGGAGAUGCUCGUCGACAGGGGCUACGCAAUCGCAGAGGAUGAGUUAAAAAUCUCGCGCGAUCAGUUUCAGCGCAAAUUCGGCGAUCCUCAAAGCGGUUAUGCCGAGAGGAGGCUCAUGAAACUCCAAGCUGUCCCUACGGAAGAGAUGAUCAAGCGCGACACACCCCGGGCCACGAAAUCGAAUCCGAACCCUCAAACAACGGCUGGCACGAUCUGGGUUGAAUUCAGUCCCGAAACUACCAUUGGUAUCAAACAUCUACGCGCAUUUGCCCAGCACCUUGAUGCGAACAAGUUUACCACGGGGAUUUUCAUUACCAUUGGCCCAGUGACGGCUGCUGCCCUACGCGCCUUCGAGCCACUUACCGAACGAGGAAUUACCGCUGAAUGGUUCCAAGAGCAGGACCUUCUCGUCAAUAUUACACGACAUGAAUUAGUGCCCAAACAUGUACUGUUGAGCGCAGAAGAGAAGAAAGUGCUCCUGGACAGGUACCGUUUGAAGGAGACGCAAUUGCCUCGAAUCCAAUUCAGCGACCCUGUAGCCAAAUACUUGGGCUUGAAGAGAGGGAACGUUGUUAAGAUCAUCAGGAAAAGCGAAACCGCGGGAAGAUAUGCUAGUUACCGAUGGGUGUUCUAG